AUGCACCAGGGUGCACCGUAUAUGCAGUAUGCAAUUUACCCCUCACAGCAGCCGACGAUGAAGCCUUACCCUACAAUGGCCACUGUGUCUCCGGAGACGAGGAAUAUGCUCAACCUUCUUGAAAGCCUCUUUAAGCUGGAGUUGCGUGAGAAGGCAAUUUUAGAGCUGGCCAAACACAGAGAUUCCUUUCAAAAACUUGGACCGUUCUUGUGGUACAGUGUAGGCACUAUGGCUAUUUUGCUGCAAGAGAUCAUCUCUGUCUAUCCGCUUCUUCACUCCCCAGAGCUGCUUUCCAAGUCGACAACAAGCCGCGUGGGGAGUGUCCUUACACUUCUACAGAGCGUUGCGUACGAUGAUUCUACCCGUAAAUUAUUUUUGGAAGCCCAUAUUUGCCUCUUUCUAUAUCCAUUUCUUCGCGGGACGGGUAGCGGAACGGGGAAUGUGACGGAGGGCCUUCGUCUGACUUCACUUGGCGUCAUUGGUGCUCUUGUCAAGACGGACGACAACGAUGUGAUGCAGUAUCUUCUUAGCACGGAGAUAUUCCCUCUGUGCCUUAAAAUAAUGGAAUAUGGACUAGAGCUCUCACGGACUCUAGCCACCUUCAUUGUGCAGAAACUUUUGCUCUCAGAUCUCGGUCUGCAGUAUGUCUGUCAGACGCCAGAACGAUUUAAGGCCGUCGCGGCGGUUCUGCAGAACAUGGUGGGAUCGAAAGAAUGUACUGCGCGUCUUCUUCGGUACAUCAUUCGUUGUUAUUUGCGACUUUCCGAGAAUCCUCGUGCUUGCGAAGCACUUUCUCGGUGCCUACCAGAGGUGCUUCGCAAUGACACGUACAAGCAAGCACUUGAAGGCAAUCCCAAUAUAAAAAAGUGGCUGCUUCAACUUCUUGUAAAUAUUGGCGACGAGGGGGCGAAGAAAAUUCUAGAAGGUAACCUGAACGCUUAG